GGGAACGACCCGCACCAGCAGCGAUCCGAACGACGCGGUCAGCGGUAGCAAUUUGGAACAGUCGGUCAGGGACUUGGGCUUGACGCGGCCGUCGACGAGGAUACUCCAGCUGUCCGGCUUGUACAAAGAAUGGUCUACGUUGAAAUCCUCAACGGGCCGACGACGCUUCCGCACUACCCCUGAACGUUGCUUCGGUCGAUAGUACACGCGUUCGCCAUCGGCAUAAUCCCACCGAACGGCACGAGCUUCGUCCCACAACUCCAACACGAACGGACAACGAAGCUCCUUAACUGUUGACUCUGUCGCGAAUGUUCCUUCUGCUUCUUCCAAGAGAUCCUGCAUUCCAGGGAGUUUCAGGUGUCGUACAACUUGUAACCGCUGUUGGCUCUUGCAUAUUUUCUUUGGUCAUGGUAGGAUGCAUACCGGAACCAUCCUUUCUUUCUCAAAAGGUCGCUCGUAACAGUGACGUCCAGACAUAUAGAAAGCAGUAAACAGUGCGCCUAUUGCGACAAUUUCGUCUAUUGCCCAAUCAGGUUCUCGGCCCAAAUAGAUUCCCCACAGUGUUCCUCGCCAAGCGAAACAAUGAAGGACGAGGGCAAUUCCAUUUCAUCAAUCAAAAGUCAGACCAUAUCGUGCGCAGUCAUAUAAGUCAAUCGACUCGGAUCUCCGUCGCUCGAAUUUGUUCCAUUGGGAGUAUCAACGUUGACACUUUACAAAACGCGCAUACACUACACGCACACAAAUACAGCGGUGCUACAAGGAUGGGUCGACAGUCGAAGCGUUGGAAGAAAAAGGGCGGUCGUGCAGCGGGAGGACGCGGGGGUGGAGGUCCAGGUCGCGGGGGAGGAGGUCCGGGUCGCCGUGACGGGGAAACCUACGUGCAAACGGUUGUGGACGCGGGGAAUUUCAAGUUGGAAGCCUACUAUGCAGCACAAGGCGUACACGAUCACCGAUGGAACGAACAGGGUGAGCUCGUGCCUUGCAAUACCGUCGCAGAGUUUACGCGGGAGCGGUUGGCCUGGCGGAACGCGAUUGCCAGUAUCCUGCCCAGUAGUUUUCGCAUCGCCAAGGAUGUCUCGCCGGAACUGCGCCAGAAAAUGGAAGCCGAUUUGGAUACCUUGUUGGCCCAGACGCCGACGCUAGAAGACGGCGUUUCGGCAAUCCGCAAGCUCCAAUUUCUCCCGCACGCGUUCCAACUCGGUUUCGAUCGCACCAAGAUUCGCAAACACCCCGAGCUCCAAGCCCUGCACGAGUGGCUCAAGGCCGAAACGGACUGCGGGCACAUUACGCGUCAAGAAACGGUCAGCAUGAUCCCACCCGUCGUCCUUAACACUCAACCCAACGACAGCGUUCUCGACAUGUGCGCCGCUCCCGGAUCCAAAACCUCACAAAUUCUCGAACAACUCGACGGUCCGCGGGGUUGUCUCGUCGCCAAUGACGCAAACCCGCAGCGGGCUUACAUGUUGACUCAUCAACUCCGCCGAAUCAUGCACGUCAAUCCGGUUGUCAUGAUAACGGCUUGCGACGCCCAGUUCUUCCCCGCCGUCACACAGUUCGACAAAAUUCUAGCCGACGCCCCCUGCAGCGGCGACGGCACGUCCCGUAAAAAUAUUGGCGUAUGGAAGACAUGGACGCAGGUGGGGGCGCUCGGUUUGCACACUCUACAGGUGGAGAUAGCCUGGAAAGGGGCCUCACAGCUACUCCGCGUCGGUGGGGAUCUGUGCUACUCCACCUGUAGUAUGAAUCCAAUGGAAAACGAAGCCGUUGUGGCCGAACUCUUACGACGGGGCCAAGGACAACUGGAGCUCGUGCCUAUCACGCUACAAGGCUUUCGCACCCGACCAGGAUGGUCCGCUUGGAAGGUCCUGAGUGAAAAUAAAUCCCGACGGGAUAUGAAGUCCCAGCGCAACAAACGAAACGCACAGAAAAAAUGGGAACGCGAACAGCAGCAAACAACGGAGAGCAAACUUUCUCAAAACCUCAUCAGUACCCCAGUGGAUUCGUCUGUUGAUGGUAGUGAUCAAACUCUGUUGGCGAAUGGCGUAGGCAACGUGGAGAAGAGCAAUAAUUCUACCAUUGAGGAGCCGAUUGAGCCCGAUAUGAAUUCCACGGCGUCUCCGAAACGUGAGAACAUGGACGACAAUGACAACGAAGAAGAAAGAGACGAAGUCAAGGCAGAUCGUGACAUGGUUGAUCAACGGUUCGAACCGACCGGCAUGAAUCAGGUCGAAUUGCUGGAAAUGGCCAAACAGGCUGGACUCGAAGAAUACCACUCCAUGACCGAUGUUCCUGAGAGUCUGCAGCGUCGGGUCAAGGAAUCUUGUUUCCCACCAACUAUAGACGAAGCCAACACUUACCACCUCGAUAGGUGCCUCCGGUGUUACGCCCACGACAAUGAUACGGGCGGAUUUUUCGUUGCCUUGCUACGCAAAAAAGGUACCAUCAGUGCCAAGGACCGUCGAGUACAACGUGCGUCGGACUCGACUGUGGUGGUCGAAGCUGAGCCUCCCGUAAAGAAAGCCCGGGUAGAAGACGAUGACGAAGAUGACACUUCGCCAACAGAAAACAGCAACACCAAACAAGAAGUUUUGAAUGACGGCAAUAAAGAGGACGGCGAUAACGAUGACGAGGAUGUAGGGGAUCCGGACGAGCGCGCCAAAGGCAACAAAAUCAGCGAUAAGGACCAGGGUAAGGACGACUUCGUGCCCGUAGAGGGUGGCGUUUUAGAUCCAAUUGUUGAGUAUUACGGCUUGACGGGUCCCGAGUUCUGCCGCGACCAAUUCAUGACUCGAGCAGGAGGUGACGCCAAGGUCAUUUACUACAUUGGGGCUCAAGUUCGCGCGUUGAUUGAUCUGGGUAUUCAGGACCGUGUGACCAUGAUUAAUUCCGGUCUCAAAGCUUUUGUCCGGAACAAUAAAGAAUGCGACUGCAAAUAUCGAGUUGCGCAAGAAGGAGUACACUUUAUUGCCCCGCACAUGUCGGCUCGCAAAUUCAUUGCUAGUAAGGACGAUUUUGUGAACUGCUUGCAGACGGAUCCCACUUCCUUGGCUAUCUUUUCGGACGAAUUCAGCAGCGCUAUCCGACCGAUUGCUGUCGGAUCGUUCGUUGUAGUAUUGGAGGGAUAUGAUGAUCAGUAUCAUCGCAAAAUGUGCCUUUCGAUGUGGCGGUGUAGGGGUGACAACAUCAAUGCUUUGGUCGCCAAGGUUGAGAUUGACGGUAUUCAGAGCAAAUUACAAUCCAUGGAAGCCAAGAAAGAAACAGAAUGUACAAACGAAGCUUCGUGAUCUUCGUUUAUGUUAUGCGCAGAAAGGAUGCAUCAAUGAGAAUCGCGUAUGUCACUUCAGGCGACUUUUCUGAAUCAGAACAAGAUAAACGUCAGCCACAUUGGUUCCCGUCGGGCCGGUCUAUC